GAGGCGGUGCUGGCACACAGGCGGAUCGUGGUGAGGUGGAGGUCCUGACAGAGAUGGCUGCUCUGCCGCUGAGUUUAACAAGUGUCAACGUUUCCCUCACACCAACUAUGGAGACUGAAAAGAGUCCUGGAGGAGGAGUGACAGACUUUGAGAGUGUGGAGAUGGGAGACUCUGCUGGGAGUCAGGGAAGAGUAAAGGUUCCCCGAAGGACCAUCUAUUUUGCGAGUGGAGAGACCAUGGAGGAAUACAGCACUGAUGAAGAAGAGGAGGAUCCUGUGCAGAAAGAUGUCGUCACUGUAGAUCCAGCUAAAUUGACCUGGGGUCCAUAUUUCUGGUUCCAAACGUGGAGAAUGGCCACCUCCACCAUCUCAGUGUGUGACUACAUGGGAGAGAAACUGGCUUCUCUUUUUGGCAUCACUAGUCCGAAGUACCAGUAUGCAAUCGAUGAAUACCACCGUAUAAAGAAAGAGGAGGAAGAAGAAGAGGAGGAGAACCGUCUGGCUGAGGAUGCAGAGCGUCAUUUUGCAGAGCAGCAAAGAGGCGAGCUCGAUGCUCCUCCCUCUGCUACUGUGGAACAGCCAGAGGCGUCCAGAGCAUCAUUUGUUAACAUUAGCUUUGAGCUCAAACCUGAGCCUCCUCUCAGCGCUCCAGACACCAACAGAGUCCCUUCCCCUCUCCCCUCCUGAAAACUGGAACUCACAAACCUCUAACUUUCACACAUUUCUGUCUAAUCUUAUUGAACCUAGCUGUAUGAUUUAAUGAUGCUGUUAUUUUUCUAUGCUGUUUUAUAAGAGGAAAUAGUAAUACUUCGUGCAGGGAUAUAUUAAAAGGGCUGUGGAAGUGGCUGCAAUAGCCUUAUCUGUGAAUGUAAAUUUUCUGUACAGCCUGACAUGCAAUUGAACCAUUUCUAGAGCAGACAGGGACUGUGCCCAUCUCACUUUUAAACAUAGAGAAAGUGAAAUACAUGCUGGGUUAUACUCUUACUGAAGAAUUUAAAUUUAGUGUAGUUUUUUUCCUAGUGUACUAGAGCUUUCCAAGCUAAACCAUGGGUGAGAACAGGUAGAGAUUAAAUAAGUAGCCAGAGCUAUUGUAUUAUCAUUUAUACACAGGGAAUAUAUUGUCCUCCUCAUAUCAUAUCAUUGCUAUAUUGUUGUCUGUAAUGAAGAAAUACAAACUAGCCUACAAGUUAUAAAGAGGAAGAAGAAGAAUUAGCCUCAAACAAACCAGAAAUUGAAUUUCAAUGUGAUGUUCAAAUACAUAAGACAGCCCUUCCACCUCUGCCCUCUGUUAACUAUUCAAUGAAAACUACUGUAUGAAGCUGCAGUCUGUGGUCAAAAUGUAACUUAAAGAAUUGGCAAUUCAUGUUUUGCUUUUUUUUCAGUGUAAACCUCAUCUCUGUGAUGAUACUUGAAACAGUUUCCAAACAGCAACAACUCCUAUAAAGUUCAAAAUGAAAAAUCAACCAGACAAUGCAGCUGAUAGAAUCACUAUUAAUAUAAAUAGUUGAAAUCUUUGAAAAUCAACUAGAAUUCCAAUUUACUGGUGGUUGUUGAAGAACAUUGAGAAGUAGAGUUGCUCACACACACUGACAGUACCUUCAUGUGUGUUGAGAGUUCAUUCUUUAAGUGUCCUUGCCUGAGCUGCCAGAAGCUUAUUCAUUAUUAUUAUUAUCCACUGAAGUGACGGUGUGGGGUGGAGGCUUAGAUCUCAUACAGAGCAGAGCAGCAGUGAUUGUUCAGGAGGAAACCAGAGGCACACACACUGGAGCCUUCUGUUUUCUCAUGACAACACAGAAUACAUGUUACUCUGCUCUUUUUAAACUGAUCCUUUUAAGAGGGGGGGUUCUGUAAAUGGAAUACCAACAUGGGUAAAUGUCUUACAU